CGUAUUGAAGGAGGAAAAAAAAUCCUCCUCAGCUGUGGCACCAAUACCUAACGACCUGACCGGUCUCCGCUCGUUACCGUCAAUUUGGGGAAAUGGAUUUAGCCUUGAUAGGACAGGACGCGAGCCGUGCGGGCUCGUGGUUGUAGAAGGAGAUCAAAAGACGCGUGGUGUGCGCGGCGAACCCCUCCGUGUCUUAUUCUCAGCGCUCCUCUCCCCUCGGCCGGACUCAGGUCUGUGUGGCGUCGGCAGGCAAAAGCGGCCCUCCUGCUCUACUCAUUCUUUGUGUGCGCAUGUGUGGCUUGCGUGUGAACCGGCAAAAUCAGAGAGCAAAGCAGGCCAGCGCGCGACAGGGAAGCCGGGCAGUGUUGAGGUAGCCCAGCUAGCAGCCGCACGGUUGUUUUUUUUUUUUUCGCACUGCCAGAGAUGGUCACGUCCACACAGGGGAUCCUUCUGCUGCCGAUGCUAAUAUGUCUCCAACGCUUCGUUAACGUUCACGGUACGAAGACAGAAUGUGAAGCCAAUCAAUUUCAGUGUGGAAACGGUCGCUGCAUCCCGUCCGUGUGGCAGUGUGACGGAGAUGAGGACUGCAGCGACGGCAGCGACGAGAACUCAUGUGUUAAAAAGACUUGUGCGGAGUCGGACUUUGUGUGUGACAAUGGGCAGUGUGUCCCGAAGCGGUGGCACUGCGAUGGGGAGCCAGACUGUGAAGAUGGUUCUGAUGAGAGCUUGGACAUCUGCCACAUGAGGACAUGCCGGAUGAAUGAGUUCAGCUGUGGCGCCGGCUCAACCCAGUGUAUCCCAGUCUUCUGGAAAUGUGACGGUGAGAAGGACUGCGACAGCGGCGAGGACGAGGUCAACUGUGGAAACAUCACAUGUGCCCCAAAUGAGUUUACAUGUGCCAGUGGACGCUGCAUCUCCCGGAACUUUGUGUGUAAUAGCGAGGAUGACUGCGGCGAUGGUUCGGAUGAGGUGGAGUGCGCGCCGUCCUCCUGCGGGCCCAGUGAGUUCCAGUGUGGAAACUCUUCAUGCAUCCCGGCCAGCUGGGUGUGUGACGAUGACGUUGACUGCCAGGACCAAUCAGAUGAGUCUCCAUCCCGCUGUGGUCGGCACCCAACACCCCCAGCCAAGUGCUCGCCCAGCGAGAUGCAGUGUCGCUCAGGAGAGUGCAUUCACAAGAAGUGGAGGUGUGACGGAGACUCUGACUGCAAGGACGGCAGUGACGAAGCGAACUGUCCUGUUCGCACCUGUGGGUCGGAUCAGUUCAAAUGUGACGAUGGAAACUGCAUCCUGGGCAGCAGACAGUGUAAUGGCCUCAGAGACUGUGCAGAUGGAUCAGACGAAGCAAACUGUAGAAACAUGACUCAGUGUAAUGGUCCAGAGAAGUUCAAGUGUCGCAGCGGGGAGUGCAUAGAGAUGAGCAAAGUGUGCAACAAGGUCAGAGACUGUCCCGACUGGAGCGAUGAACCGAUCAAGGAAUGCAAUUUUAACGAGUGUCUCCUGAACAACGGUGGCUGCUCGCACAUCUGUAAAGACAUGGUGAUUGGCUACGAGUGUGACUGCACGCCUGGGCUCCAGCUUAUAGACCACAAGACCUGCGGAGAUAUCGAUGAGUGCAUGAAUCCUGGCAUUUGCAGUCAGAUCUGCAUCAACCUGAAGGGAGGGUACAAGUGUGAAUGCCACAACGGCUAUCAGAUGGAUCCGACCACCGGCGUCUGCAAGGCUGUUGGUAAGGAGCCAUGCCUGAUCUUCACCAACCGCCGUGAUAUCCGUCGUCUGGGCCUGGAGAGGAAGGAGUACACUCAGAUUGUGGAGCAGCAGAGAAACGCAGUGGCUCUGGAUGCAGACUUUGACCAGCAGACCAUUUUCUGGGCUGACCUGGGCCAGAAGGCGAUCUACAGCACUCUUCUGGACAAGCGUGUAGACAUUGGCACCCAUAAGAAAGUCAUUGACAACGUGCAGACUCCAGUGGGAAUCGCUGUGGACUGGAUCUACAAGAACUUGUACUGGUCUGAUCUCUCAACCAAAACCAUCUCUGUGGCCAGUUUCAAUGGUACCAAGCAGAAAGUUCUGUUCAACAGGGGUCUCAAAGAACCGGCCGAUAUUGCUGUGGAUCCGCUGUCUGGGUUUCUGUACUGGUCUGACUGGGGAGAGCCAGCCAAGAUAGAGAAAUCUGGUAUGAACGGAGUGGACAGACAGGUUUUGGUGGCGACAGACAUCCAGUGGCCUAAUGGAAUCACACUGGGUAGGAACAAACCAACAAGUCACUGCACGUUUUUCUUUAAGUCUGGGGUGUCUACAGGUCAUUUAAAAAACAUCACAUGUGCCCCAAAUGAGUUUACAUGUGCCAGUGGACGCUGCAUCUCCCGGAACUUUGUGUGUAAUAGCGAGGAUGACUGCGGCGAUGGUUCGGAUGAGGUGGAGUGCGCGCCGUCCUCCUGCGGGCCCAGUGAGUUCCAGUGUGGAAACUCUUCAUGCAUCCCGGCCAGCUGGGUGUGUGACGAUGACGUUGACUGCCAGGACCAAUCAGAUGAGUCUCCAUCCCGCUGUGGUCGGCACCCAACACCCCCAGCCAAGUGCUCGCCCAGCGAGAUGCAGUGUCGCUCAGGAGAGUGCAUUCACAAGAAGUGGAGGUGUGACGGAGACUCUGACUGCAAGGACGGCAGUGACGAAGCGAACUGUCCUGUUCGCACCUGUGGGUCGGAUCAGUUCAAAUGUGACGAUGGAAACUGCAUCCUGGGCAGCAGACAGUGUAAUGGCCUCAGAGACUGUGCAGACGGAUCAGACGAAGCAAACUGUAGAAACAUGACUCAGUGUAAUGGUCCAGAGAAGUUCAAGUGUCGCAGCGGGGAGUGCAUAGAGAUGAGCAAAGUGUGCAACAAGGUCAGAGACUGUCCCGACUGGAGCGAUGAACCGAUCAAGGAAUGCAAUUUUAACGAGUGUCUCCUGAACAACGGUGGCUGCUCGCACAUCUGUAAAGACAUGGUGAUUGGCUACGAGUGUGACUGCACGCCUGGGCUCCAGCUUAUAGACCACAAGACCUGCGGAGAUAUCGAUGAGUGCAUGAAUCCUGGCAUUUGCAGUCAGAUCUGCAUCAACCUGAAGGGAGGGUACAAGUGUGAAUGCCACAACGGCUAUCAGAUGGAUCCGACCACCGGCGUCUGCAAGGCUGUUGGUAAGGAGCCAUGCCUGAUCUUCACCAACCGCCGUGAUAUCCGUCGUCUGGGCCUGGAGAGGAAGGAGUACACUCAGAUUGUGGAGCAGCAGAGAAACGCAGUGGCUCUGGAUGCAGACUUUGACCAGCAGACCAUUUUCUGGGCUGACCUGGGCCAGAAGGCGAUCUACAGCACUCUUCUGGACAAGCGUGUAGACAUUGGCACCCAUAAGAAAGUCAUUGACAACGUGCAGACUCCAGUGGGAAUCGCUGUGGACUGGAUCUACAAGAACUUGUACUGGUCUGAUCUCUCAACCAAAACCAUCUCUGUGGCCAGUUUCAAUGGUACCAAGCAGAAAGUUCUGUUCAACAGGGGCCUCAAAGAACCGGCCGAUAUUGCUGUGGAUCCGCUGUCUGGGUUUCUGUACUGGUCUGACUGGGGAGAGCCAGCCAAGAUAGAGAAAUCUGGUAUGAACGGAGUGGACAGACAGGUUUUGGUGGCGACAGACAUCCAGUGGCCUAAUGGAAUCACACUGGAUCUGAUCAAAGGCAGGUUAUACUGGGUCGACUCAAAGCUGCACAUGCUCUGUAGCGUCGAUCUAAACGGGGACAACAGGAAUAAAGUGCUCCAGUCUUCAGAGUACCUCGCUCACCCCUUUGCUCUCACCGUUUUUGAGGAUCGAGUCUUCUGGACUGAUGGGGAAAAGGAAGCAAUCUACGGUGCAAACAAGUUCACAGGCUCUGACGUGGUUACGCUGGCCAGCAACCUGAACGACCCCCAGGACAUCAUAGUGUACCAUGAGCUCAUUCAGCUGUCAGGUACUAACUGGUGCUCAGAGAAAGGUGAAAAUGGAGGCUGCAGCUACAUGUGCCUGCCUGCACCACAGAUCAACAAACACUCCCCCAAAUAUACCUGCGUGUGUCCUGAGGGCCAGGAGCUGACUGCUGACGGCUUGCGCUGCAGACCUGAAGCCAAUGUGAGCACAUCAAUUCAAGUGAAUUCGACAGCCAGAGGUUCUGCUGCUGCCUGGGCCAUACUACCCGUCUUGCUACUGGCGAUGGCGGCAGCAGGCGGCUACCUGAUGUGGAGGAACUGGCAGCUGAAGAACCAGAAGAGCAUGAACUUUGACAACCCAGUCUACCUGAAGACCACAGAAGAAGACCUCAACAUUGACAUCACGAGGCACGGCGCCAAUGUAGGACACACGUACCCCGCGAUUUCGAUAGUGAGCACAGAGGAUGAUUUAUCCUGAUCGUGUUGGGUCUUUUUUAUUUUUUCACGGUCACACCGCGCCGCCUCGUUCCAGUGCCGACGCUUGACCGUAGCAGCAGCAGCAGACCUUAUAGUACGACCACAUGCCUUCUGAAGUACAUUAGACCACUGUGUGUGGUGAAGAGGAAAUGUUAUUUAUUAUGUAAAUAUUGCAAUGAAUUCUGUCCCGACUGGUUUCAUUCCACAUCCAAAGUUGUAAGGAUUUCUUUUUUCUUUUUUUUUUCCGUUAUUUUUGGGCCACAGACAUUUUCCAGUCAUUUCUUUGUCCCGCCCUCUUUAAGAAGCUUGCUGGCAUCGUGUCGCAACAGUUGAAAGGGAUGAAUUGUCAGUUUGAUCUCCUCCUCAUCUGGGCUCCCAGAAUCUGACACGGUGAAUGUUUGAAGACUGCACAAAACACGAGGGGUCAAGGGUCCUUUAGAAGUAAGGCUUUAAUGAGGAGAGGAUGCGGUCCAGAUUUUGUUGCUUCCUCAGAUGUGAAUAUUUAUGUACGAUCAUGUUUGGGCAGUAAUAUCUCAAAUCUAAGUUUUCUUUCAUUAAUUUAAGUGUUUUCUUGCCAUCACCACCUCUUAGAAUGCAUUCUUACAUUAUUAUUAUUAUUAUUAUUAUUAUUAUUAUUAUUAUUAUGAUGCUUGUGAAAUAACCAUGGUUACAGCUUUUGUAAACACUGUACAUAUUUGCCCAUCCUUUGGACAUGAUCGUCAAUCAGGACUCUUCAAUGCACUUUGAUCAAAUGCUCCUUGUGUAAAUAAGAUUGUAUACAUUUGACUUGAUCAGUUUUUUGCUAUGGUUGGGCGUCAUACCAGCGGCUCAGAUGUAUUUAAGAAGGAAAAAACAAAACACAAUGAAUUUGGUAAAACUAUUUUGUAUGUUUGUGCUGUUGCUGUGAACUUUUUCUAGCCUUGUACAAAGAAGGGGGGACACCAAUAAAAUGGGAAGACUCUGUAUCUGUGAAGAAACUGAUCUGCGAAUCACUUCGGAAUUAAAAUUUAAUCCACAACUUUGCUCAGAAAAUCUUGUUCUUUGUUUUUUUUGUCAUGCAU